GGCUGGAGACUUAGCUGGUGUGGGGCUGGGGCGCCUUCCGUGUGUGAGUGCGGUGCUGCCCUCCCUGCUUCGGAGGGGCCAGCUGGAGCCCUUGGGGAGUCCAGCAGAAGGAGUGGGGAGCCGGUCCGUGUCUGACACUGGGGUAAGACGAUGAGGCAGUAGAGAUGCUUCCCUUCCUGUUUGCCACCCUGGGCUCGGCAGGAGCCACCUGCCAGGCCGCCGGCUGUAACAGCAGCACCAAGGAUUACUGCUACAGUGCCCGCAUCCGCAGCACUGUGCUGCAGGGCUUGCCCUUUGGGGGAGUGCCCACCGUCCUAGCCCUCGACUUCAUGUGCUUUCUGGCACUGUUGUUUGUCUUUUCGAUCUUGCGUAAAGUAGCCUGGGACUAUGGACGUCUGGCCCUGGUGACUGAUGCUGACAGGCGGCGGCACUGGCAGACAGAGCGAAUGGAGCGGGAAUACGUGGCGUCCGCUCUGCACUCCGACAGCCACGACCGCUACGAGCGCCUCACCUCCGUCUCCAGCUCCGUGGACUUCGACCAGAGGGACAAUGGCUUCUGCUCCUGGCUGACAGCCAUCUUCAGGAUAAAGGACGAUGAGAUCCGGGAUAAGUGCGGGGCCGACGCAGUCCAUUAUCUCUCCUUCCAGCGGCACAUCAUAGGGCUGCUGGUGGCCGUGGGCGUGCUCUCCGUGGGCAUCGUGCUGCCCGUGAACUUCUCAGGGGACCUGCUAGAGAACAACCCCUACAGCUUUGGGAGAACGACGAUCGCUAAUCUGAAUUCUGGAAAUAACCUGCUGUGGUUGCACACGUCCUUUGCCUUCCUGUACCUGUUGCUGACGGUGUACAGCAUGCGUCGGCACACCUCCAAGAUGCGCUACAAAGAGGAUGACCUGGUGAAGCGAACUCUGUUCAUUAACGGGAUCUCAAAAUAUGCUGAGUCGGAGAAGAUCAAGAAGCAUUUUGAGGAGGCGUAUUCCAACUGCACUGUGCUGGAGGCUCGGCCCUGCUACAAUGUGGCCAGGCUGAUGUUCCUUGAUACAGAGAGGAAAAAAGCAGAACGUGGGAAAAUCUAUUUCACCAACCUGAAGACCAAGGAGAACGCCUCGUCGAUGAUCAACCCCAAGCCCUGUGGCCACCUGUGCUGCUGUAUCAUCAAGGGCUGUGAGGAGGUGGAGGCCAUCGAGUAUUACACCAAGCUGGAGGAGAAGCUGAAGGAUGACUACAAGCGGGAGAAGGAGAAGGUGAACGAGAAGCCUCUGGGGAUGGCCUUCGUCACCUUCCACAACGAGACCAUUACGGCCAUAAUCCUCAAAGACUUCAACGUGUGCAAGUGCCAGGGCUGCGCGUGCCGCGGGGAGCCCCGGGCCUCCUCCUGCAGCGAGUCCCUCCAUAUCUCCAACUGGACCGUCACCUACGCCCCUGACCCACAGAACAUUUACUGGGAACACCUCUCCAUCCGGGGUUUCAUCUGGUGGAUCCGCUGCCUGGUUAUCAACGUCAUCCUCUUCCUCCUCCUCUUCUUCCUCACCACUCCCGCCAUCAUCAUCACCACCAUGGAUAAGUUCAACGUCACCAAGCCCGUGGAGUAUCUGAACAACCCCAUCAUCACCCAGUUCUUCCCCACCCUGCUGCUGUGGUGCUUCUCUGCUCUGCUGCCAACCAUCGUGUAUUACUCCGCCUUCUUCGAAGCUCACUGGACCAGGUCUGGAGAGAACAGGACUACCAUGCACAAGUGCUACACUUUCCUCAUCUUCAUGGUCUUGCUGCUGCCUUCGCUGGGCCUGAGCAGUCUGGAUGUGUUUUUCCGUUGGCUGUUUGACAAAAAAUUCCUGGCUGAGGCCGCAGUGCGAUUUGAGUGCGUCUUCCUGCCUGAUAACGGGGCCUUCUUCGUGAACUACGUCAUUGCCUCCGCCUUCAUCGGGAAUGCCAUGGACCUACUGCGCAUCCCCGGCCUGCUCAUGUACAUGAUCCGCCUCUGCCUGGCCCGCUCAGCCGCUGAGCGGAGGAACGUCAAGCGGCACCAAGCGUACGAGUUCCAGUUCGGAGCCGCCUAUGCCUGGAUGAUGUGCGUCUUCACCGUGGUCAUGACCUACAGCAUCACCUGCCCCAUCAUCGUCCCUUUUGGACUGAUGUACAUGCUACUCAAGCACCUGGUUGACAGGUACAACCUGUACUACGCUUACCUGCCAGCCAAGCUGGACAAGAAGAUCCAUUCGGGGGCCGUGAACCAGGUGGUGGCAGCCCCCAUUCUCUGCCUCUUCUGGCUCCUCUUCUUCUCCACCAUGCGCACAGGGUUCCUGGCCCCCACCUCCAUGUUCACCUUCGUGGUUCUCGUGAUCACCAUUGUGAUCUGCCUGUGUCACGUCUGCUUUGGACAUUUCAAAUACCUCAGUGCUCACAACUACAAGAUUGACCACACGGAGGUGGACGCCGUGGACGGGAGAGUGAACGGGCAACCUGCCGCCGUGCCGCCAGCUCCCAAAUCCGCUCAAAAGUAUAUCGCCCAAGUGCUGCAGGAUUCCUCUCCGGAGGGUGACGCGGCCGAGUCCGAGGAGCAGGGGUCCCAGGACGAAGAGCUCAUCAACCCGGACGGCAUGAACGACACGGAUUUCCAGUCGUGUGAGGACAGCCUGAUAGAGAACGAGAUCCACCAGUAGCGACUCCAGAGGGCAGGAGGGGCAGGGCAGUCCCAGGAACCGGGGCGGCCGCUGUGAACAGAGAGAGAACCGAAUGGAGCCGGGAGCGUGGCAAGGAGGACGCCAGCCCCUGCCCCCUCCCACCUGCCCGGGCCGCUGCCCUAAUGCUCAUUCCAAGGGUGGGAAGGGGCCGUGCAUCAAAUUCUCCAUUCCCUGCUUCCGCCCCCGCCCCGCUCCCUCUCACUCCCGUCUGGGUGGGUGAGAAGGGACCUGCUCUUACUAGUUACCUUCUCUAACACCUACCAAGACGACAAGACCCCAGGAAGGGGGAAGGAAGAGGAGGAGGAAGAUGACUUCGACCCUUGCUGCUCCCAUUCUGGGGGGAAGAGGACCCAGGGACAGCAGAAGCCUGGAUGCUUUGAGGUGGCAAAUGUUGGGAGGAAUCUCCGGUCUCCAGUGGCCUCCUCUCUGCCCCCCACAUCUGGAAUCUUGAACACUAAUAAUUUAUUAGAUUUAAAAGAAAAAAAGCUUUAAUCAAGGUAUUGCAACCCCAGCUAGUAACGGGCGGCUGGGAGCCCGGCAGCUAGCACUGGUCCUAGCCACAGGAGGAGCAGUGCCCUUGUGCUGCGCUGCCCUUUGCCCCAUGGCUGUGGCUCGCACACGCAUGUGCAUCGGAGUGCGGGUGCCCCUCCCCAGCCCUUGGCUCUGUGGGCACGUGAGGGCCACGGUCCGGUCUGGGGGAAGUGUAACAACCUGGACCUCCUCCUGCUCUUUUCCCCACGCAGCCCAGUGCCAGGGGCAGCACCCAGCCGAGUGCGGGGAGCGGGUGUCGCCCAGUGAAAACCGUGCUGGCUCAGCGAUGGCUGGAGAGCACAUCCGGGUGGCGAGGAUAGUGGGAGGACCCCUCGCAGGGCGAGGGGAGCGUAGGGGCUAGCACGGACGCGUAUCCUAUCCAGCCCGUACGAGAAGAGGGAGCCCCUCCCCUGGCACGGCCUUUUCACGUCUGUGGUAGCUGGAACCCAGUCGGGCCAUGGUGGGAGCUCACC